UCUAACAUUUGAUUUUUAGAUAAACACCGCGUGGUAUUUCUGCGUUUCUUUGUUUUGUUGUUUAUCUGCAUGAAAUAUAGUUUUAAUAUCGAAUAAUAAAUUAUGAUUAUUCAAGGUAACAACGAUAUGCCUUUAGAACGGUCAUCUCGAGAGGAAUUUAAGGAGAAUAACGUCGAACUUGUGAAGUCUGAUUCCUUGGAAAGAAAACAUCAAAGAAAAGAAAGAAGUAAAAAACUUAAACGAAAACAUAGUUUUAUUAGUGAAAACUUACAACAAUUUAAUUCUAAUCACGAGAACUUAAAAAAUGCAAGUCAAAUUUGCCAAAGUGAUUUAGAAGAAUUGAGAACAGUUUACAAGAAAUGCAAGAAAAUUGUGAAAAAAAUUGAGAGUAAGUACGGUCAUUUAUUAGAAUUGGAAAAUUCAGACGUGACAAGUGAAUCAAACAGUGCAGAAAGUGAAAGAUGUACAUGUGCACUAAAUAAGAAGAUCGUAUUUUCUGAUGAUGGAACAGAGGUCAUUCUAGAGCCAGAUCUUACUAAUCACAUUUGCCCUAAGAAAUUAAGCACUAAAAAUACUUCUAAAGAUAAUCAUACAUUGGAAAUAGAGUAUGAAAAAGCAGAUACAUUGCCUGAAGAUUUGUUGAGGUUAACAAAUUUACUGCGAGAUCCAAAUUUAGAAAAAACAGUGCGAAAUAAAGUAAUAAGUAAGAUAAGAUUACUCAAAGAAGAGUAUAUGAAUGAUGUGAGAUUUAACAAACAAGCAAUUAUUGAGAAAGCAAAAUCUAACCCUGAUGAGGUCAUUGAUUUUCGAGGAACAAACUUUUCUGGUUUACCAGGAUACAUAAUGUAGAUAUUUAUUUUUAAUAAAUCUUUAUUUUACUA